UGUCACUUCCCUUUAAACUGUUCUGUGGCUCGGUCUAUUCCCAAAUCUCACAAUAUACCUGCAUGAAAUCAGAUCAUGCACAUGCGAACAAAAGAUGCACACCCCAACAAAAGAUAUGGUGCCUGAAUUUAGCAACACCGUGAUCUUUUUCACUCUGUUUCUCAUUUGUAGCUGUUGCAGGCCUGUAAUUCGGCGAGUCUGACGGAUUUGCCAGAGUGCAGAGAAUAAAAGGGCAACGUUAAAUAAUAAUAAAAGUGUCUAAAGUAAAAUUAAAACACAAUGAUUGGAAAUAAAUAAUAGAAAUGAAUAAAUGAAAGCAUCUGAAAGCAAAAAAGAAAAUUCCAACUACCUACAUUUAUCUUUUGUACAUCCAUUCAUCAGCACAUGGCACCGUGCUGAGCAGAUGAUAAUGUAAUAGUUAUUAUGUGCUAAGUGGAGAUUCUCCUUAAGAAAUCAUGCGUUCUCGCCAUCUCCCAACAAUAAAAUGGCCAAGAAGUCAAGCAGCGUUUGUGCGACGGCUGUCUUCAGUUGUUGACAGCAACAGUACGAAGUGAUCCAAGAAACAGCAGGAGCCACAGGUGAAAAAAAUUGCCUUGAUAGAAAUCAAUGCCUGUCUGACACAGUCCCAACACAACAGAACAGUAUAUGUAUGCUUCACCUAUUCCAGGACUGUUUUGAGGGAUUGCAUUAUAUUACAAGUCAUGGGCAAAUCACAAGAUGCUGCCUCUGUAGCAGCUUUAAAAAUGUCACUUUGUGACUACAAAAUGAAGCCAACGCUCUGCAAACAUUUCAGAUAAUCCUUUGUGGAGACACGUCCAUAAAUUCCAUUCAAGUGAUUCAUCCUCUCAAGUCAAGUCAAGUGAUGAGACACAUAGAGCAAUUAGAGAAAAAUGCUUAAGUAGCCCAUUCAUAUUAGUCUUAUCAUUAUGGCCCCCUCACGGACAAUGAAUCACUUCUAACUGAAUAAAGAAGUCAGAAUUGCAUUAACCUAAAUGAAGGAGGUCGAUGUGAUAAUCCCACUUUAGAAACCAGCUGGCCCCUGUGACCGCGUAAAAAAAAUUGGCUUGCCUGUUGGAUUAAUGCUUGAAAUGACAAUGCUCAAUGAUGAUGCUGAUGUUUUAAACACACCAUGACAUCUGCAUUAGGAUGGGUCUUGUUAUUUGCUGUGUGGCAGCCUUUACAGUGUGACACUGACCUCUAGUGGAUGAAUGUGGUUAAAGCACACUGAUGGUUAACUGUGAUGGUUGGUGUUGUGGUGCCCUUCUUUGAAAACUAACCCAUAGCUCGGAAUGUAGUUUACUUGUCAUGGUGCCUCCGUGUUUCAAAAAAUAUGCAGCAGAAGCGCCCUAUGGAUGCCGCUAUUAUGAAAACAUGAUAAAGUGCCCUCUCAGUGGAGAAAACACACCAUAUGCCACCCUUAUAUGCCAGAAAAACAGAUGGCAUCUCUGAGGCUAAAAGCAUUUUUGGAGCCUUCUUCGCACCAAGCAGGGAAAGGUAAUAUCUUUAUUAGUCACGUACAAUCAUCCAAGGUACAGUGUAGUAAAACGUAUUCUCUGCAUUUAACCCAUCCAUGACUCAGUCUAAGCAUGAGGCCAAAGGUUACUCAAUCCUAAAAGAAGUGCAGUGUGAGUUGGAUGUAACUCUGGGUUGUGUGAACAGGGACUUAAGUUAUCCAUGGUUCAACUCUCAACCCAGAGCUGAGUAACAUGUUGUGUGGAAAAGCUUUAUGUGCCUCUAAAUAGUUAAACAGCAUAGGGCCAUGUUUUUUUGUGGUCGUCACGUCACGUGACAGAGUUAAUCUUGCUUGGAGCUUGGCACCGUUUCCCAGUGUAUGCAUUAUGUCUCUCUGUGUAUCUGUGCUUUUCCUUUUUAUUUAUUUAUUUUUUUCUCCACCCCCUGCCACUCAGAAAGCCCGACUCUGCCUCUGUGUGCAGAUCUUGUGAUGUCCGGAACAGUCUGGAGCUCAGGGUUGGGUAAUAACAGAUCAUAUGUGAUUAGUGUAACAUAAUCACUUUGCCAAAUAUAACUAACUACAGCCCAUGACAAAAAUGUGCAAUGAGACUCUAGUUACACUGUCAAGGAUUACUUAAUUACCCUCUUGAUAACAUCUUUAAAAUAUGGUCUUUGUUUAAAAUAAAAUCUGCAUCUCACAUGUUGUUGAAUCCACACAGUGCAGCGGUAGUUUGUGGCAGUGGGCCUGCUGUUUGUCAUGGUUUAUCCGCAUUGAUUAAAUGUUAAUGUAAAUGUUAAAUGAGUUAGCAUGCUACCAGCUAGCCCCGUCCUGGUCCAGUGCUCCUUUUUCUAGUGGUAUGAACAUCAACACUUCCAUAGUUCUGCUUCUCGCCCACUAGCUGCACGGCUAACUGAGCUAACCAGCUAACUGCCACCACAGUUAGCAGCAGUUGGUGGGAACUCCAGUGAUAUAAUUCCCCCCAUUUGUUUUGAGUAUGACUUCAACAGGUGGCCAGUUUUCACAUGUUGCACCUUUAAAGAGAAAAAUUAUAUUCAUAGAACUCAAAUUUGCUCAUGCGUAUCUUUUUUUUUAGUAUAGGGUGCAAUAUGUUCGAUGUUUGACGUUGAAGUGACAGUAAAUACAAUUCCAUGCAAUUUUAUUCAGUAGCAGACUACAUUUGAAAGUAAUCCGACCCCACUCCUGCUGGAGCUUUCUGGAAGGGACAGCACAGGUGCUAUAUCUGGCACCAGCAGCCCCCAACAGGCCGCUCAUGCUACAAACCACACCGAGGAGCAGCAGGGGAAGAGACAGUCAACUGCGCCACUGACACUCUUUUACAAAUGACGGAAACACAGAGAGCUAGUCUGGAGACCAAGGCUAAACCCACAGCCUACCGCUCUCAAAAAGAGAUGUUUGAGAAGAUGGAGGACUCUUUUAAAAUAUGUGCGCACUGUGAAAAGCGGCCAAAUCAGCUUUCAAACCCACAGAGUCUGAAACGCUGUGGCAGAUGUCUAAAUGUUUACUACUGCCGGAAAGAAUGUCAGAAGGAGGACUGGCCCAGACACAAGAAGUUCUGCCCACAGCUACGUCUGGUUGCCAUAGACAGAGUUGUGGAAUGGCUUCUGUUCAGAGAAGACCGUCCAUUCCCGACAGAAAAAUGGUCAAAGCCCGAGUCUCAGGUCAAAGGCUGGGAUGACUGGCUGGAGAUGCAGGGAGAUCUCACGGCCCGCCUCGAGCCCAUGUUAAAUGGAGCGAACAUGAAAGACUUGUGGACCAACGCUGGCAGGCCUCGGCCUGACGACGAGGACCUGAAGCAGUCACUGUGGAGGGUUUGCAGUGAGUUCUUCUCCAGGCCGCUGACCAUCGCCUGGGGGAUGAGGCUGUUUGGCCUUAAACCGUAUUCCAAACCUCUCACCAUUCACCUGGUGGGAGCGGGCACCAGUGAGACCAUGGGAGCCAGACUGACUGACUAUGAUGAGCUGAACAACAUGUUCCCCGGACACCAGGGUAUCGAGAUCGUCAUGGUGGGACCGGAGGUGGUGGACGGCCCUAUUGUCAGGCCUCCUCUGAGGGCGUUUGGGCCCAAGAAGAACGUCUACAUCAGCGCAUACAAGGGCCUCUACCACGAGUUCUGGGAGGAGCUGGUGGAGAAAGAGGAAGCAGCCAAGCCGGACCUGGUGGUUGGAUUUAACCCUGGAUUUGAUGCCAGUCAGGGUCUGGAUCAGGGUUGGCUUCCAACACUCCUGCUCCUCAGGGAUUAUGACAUUCCUUCUCUUUUCACUGCUCUCAGUGAGACAGAGAUGACGUACUCCCUGCAGAUCCUGUUGGAGCUGGAGAUGGACAUGAAGGGGAGCGGAGCCAACCCCUUCGCGUCACUGAAGCCAGAAUUGGUGGGCUCGUGUCCCAACAGCCCCCCCGUCUACUGCAACUCCCACUACUUCUGUUUCCAGGGUCUGCUGGAGACUGUGGAGUUUGAGGAGCCGGAUGAGGCCUGAAGGAGUCGAUUUUUUUUUUUUCAUUGUUUUGCAUUGUUUUUGAAUGCUUGUUUUCUUAUAAUGUAAUCAUAUCAUCACAUUCAAAAAAAUAUUCAACAAAUAGUGUGUAAAUCCAUAUGUAUUAUUUCUAAAAACUAGUUGGUAUAACAGCUGGGAGUGUUUGCUAUGACAUUUGCAUUCACUAUCUCGCUUUCAUGUAACAAUCGGUCAGUUGUGAGAUUUGAAUAUUCGGUCUAGGAACUAUUGUUGCAUCAGCAGAGAGGCAAUAAAGCUGUGUAGACAUAACCAAAUGUCGACAAUAAACACUUUGAAAU